CGGCCGCGCGCGCGGGGCGGGAGGGCUCGGGGCUGGCGGCGGCGGCGGCGGCGGCCCCGGGAGGCGAUCGCGGUGCGGCCGCGGCGUCGGGAAGAUGAACCGGAGCUUCAACAAGUCCCAGACUCUGCGCUACCUGGAGUGCAGCGCGGUGGAAGUGAAGAGCAAGUUUGGGGCAGAGUUCAGAAGGUUCUCCCUGGACCGCUACAAGCCGGGAAAGUUUGAAGACUUCUAUAAACUAAUUCUUCACAUUCAUCACAUAGCCAACCUGGAAGUGAUGAUUGGAUAUGCUGAUGUGCAUGGAGACCUCCUCCCUAUUAACAACGAUGACAACUUCUUCAAGGCCGUUUCAAGUGCUCAUCCGCUGCUCAGGGUUUUUAUACAAAGGCAAGAUGAAGUGGACUACAGUAAUUUUGGGACCAACACGCUAUCAAGGAAGAAGAAGGCUCUGGUGACUCUCCGCAACGACAAUCUCCGCCGGCGCCCUCACAUUAACAUUAGCAUGCCUCAUGAUUUUAGACCGGUGUCUUCCAUAAUCGAUGUGGACAUUCUUCCCGAAACACACAGGAGAGUGAGGCUGUAUCGACACGGGUGUGAGAAACCCUUAGGAUUUUACAUUCGCGAUGGCACCAGCGUAAGGGUUACUCCUCACGGACUGGAAAAAGUACCCGGCAUCUUCAUCUCUCGUAUGGUUCCUGGAGGAUUAGCGGAGAGCACGGGCUUGCUGGCUGUCAACGACGAAGUCCUGGAAGUUAACGGCAUUGAAGUAGCAGGAAAGACUCUCGACCAAGUCACAGACAUGAUGAUUGCCAACAGCCAUAAUCUUAUUAUCACAGUCAAGCCAGCAAACCAGAGGAACAAUAUUAUUCGAAGCAGUAGGAUGUCUGGUAGCUCUGGCCAGUCUACAGACAGCACUGCUAGUCACCAUAGCUUGCCUACAUCCCACGUGCUGCAGAACUUCCACCCCGAUGAAAUGGAGAGUGACGAAGAGGCUGACAUUGUCAUCGAGGGCGGUCUGGAGCCACAGCACAUUCCUAAACUGCACAGCCUUACUUCCAGUAGCCUCUCUCGAAUCAACGGCAGCAGCCUUAGCCACAGACUUCAAAGGGACCUGGUGCUCAACAACAACUCUGGCCGAGAAAGCAAUGGCAACAUCCACAAAUUACUCAGUUCCUUAAAAACUGAUCCCCGGCACAGUCUGGUUAUCCCCAGAGGAGGCAUCGAGGAGGACGGGACAGUCAUUACACUUUAGUAGCAAUUCCUGCAACUCUCUUUUCAGUCUUAAGUGCCAAUGAGGACAAUUAACUCUUGCAAUAUGUUAUGCACAAAACAGAGAGCUGAUAUUCUCAUAGACCUCAGAGGUGCAGAAAAUUGUUGCUGUCUAGGAAACAUGGCAUCUGGAGUUAAGACAUAAGACUGUCAUGCACUGCAGAAUUUGUCAGGAGAAUACCAGGGUGUAAAACCUGGUCUACAUCCCAGCCCUAAAGUGAGAAGGCAAAUUAGUUUUAGUUCUUAUAAAUCUAAGCAGUCUUAUAGGCCACCACUGGCAGUGCUACGUACUUGGGUUUGAAUGCAUGGGUGGAUGUAUUUAUACAUGCAUGUAUAUGAAUUAGGUUUUAAUAGUAAUAACAGACAUGUCUAUUUGAAGUGGAAUCUGUUUUUCCUCUAAUAGGAGUUUAAAAAGAGCGCUUCUUAAUAGCUAUCCGUUCUUUUAGCAUUACAGACAGACCUUCCACUAAUUUGUUUAUACCAUAUUUGCAAUGUUAUGUCUAAUCCAGACACGUUCUAUAAAAGGAGCGGUUUCCUGCUCUGGUGGUAACAGCAGUAGGGAGAUGCUGCAAAUCCAUUUUCCAAAUGAAAGUAUAUAUGUAUUUUUAAAAAGUCUAGGGUGGGGAGGUUGGAGGACGUUGACGUUAUUGCUUUGAGAUCAGCACCACCUGCUGGUCAGAGGCAGGCCUGCCUGCAACACGAUUUUGUCCUGUCCUGGAACAGAAAACCGUGAUACUGAGGGCUUCAAACCAGGUUCAGCACCAUUAUGUGUAAAAUGUAUUCCUUUUCUUUUUCGAUAUUUAUUAGAUAAUACCUCUUUUUCAGUUGUUUUUUUUUUUCAUGCUCUGUUUUUUUCAAUAUUAUGGCUCAUAUGAAUUUUAGGGAUACAUGCGAGAAGGCAAAAGUGGAAGAGUAUGCUAGGACUGUCCCCUUCACCACAGAAACAGGUUCUUGCUACAUGUUUGGGGCAACCAAAAUCCCACAAGGUCUUUCCUUACAAAAGAUUGGCCAAUUGCUAUACAAACGAGGGAUGUUGACUGCCUUUCAAACCUAACCUUAGAGUAGUUCUAUUAUUUUUGGACUCUUCUAGUAAUCAUAAAGCUUAAUGUCUACACAUGAUUUCUAGAAACUUAGAGUAUACUGGGUGUUUGUGAUGGCUGGACAUCUCUACUGGAUGCUGGUUAAGGGGUAACCAGCGACUGCUGAGUCGAUAACCGUUCACUUCUGAAAAUGCCAUGGAUUUAUUAAAGUGGUCAAAUCUAAAAUAUUUUGUUAUAUCUUGAUCAGUGUAAGGAACAAAAUAUAAAUGUUUUACAAUGUAUUUUUCUACUUUUAGCUUGUGUCACUUUCUGUUUUUAACUUUGUAGUACAUUAAAGCUUUUUUAUAUGGUGAACUAGACAUUUCUUAAAUAUUGUAUGGAUAUGAAAAUUCAGAAGUCUUGGUUUGAAAAAAAUUACAUUCCAUUUUGGAAUUUGUAAUGGCUGGACAAGGGAUGGUUGGACUAAUUCAUUAUCGCUGAUUUAGAAUACCUGUGGAACAGCCAGUCUUCUGCUCAUUGUUAAAUGUUUUGGAUGCUGAACUUAGUGUGUUUCUUUUAGAUUUGCUUUAAAAGUUUAUUUUAAAAUACUUUCACUUACUCUAAUUCUCUUCUAGGUGUCACAGCAGCUAUACUUAUUUUUCCCAGCACAAUAAGAAUAUUGAUCCUGUUCGUCUUAAAAAUGUUUGUACUUUACCAAAGGUUUUCAUUUUUUAAAAAAAUCUGACUAUAUUGGUGCAGUAAAAAAAAAAAAAAAAAAGAGCUGGAUAU